AAGUUCGGUAUUUAUCGAAUCGGUUUCGUGUCUUACCCAACUUACCUGCGCGGUUACAGGUAAACACAGGAGUUUAUUUCUAUUAAGGCAUGUUACGCACGCCGCGAAAAUACGACGGGAGGUUGCUACCAGUGCGCUAAGUCACGCCAACGCUGGCGUCGUCGUUCGUCAUCCCUAUCUGUGCCAGCAGUUCUGACGACAUGUCGCUUGAAACGAAUGACGCGGUGCAGCAAUCGUGAUGGAAGUUAUGACGAGUGUACGCGCGAUCGCCGUCCUGUUCUCGUCGGCCCUGUUUCUUCAAGGGGCCUCGAGCUUUCGCGACAUCACGGACGACGUAUUCGGAGGCGCCCAACCGAGUGUCCUAGGCGCUUUCGGCGACUUCAACUCGGACAAGCUCACCGAUCUCUUCCUCGCGUCCAACGACUCGCACAGGCUUGAGAUAUGGGUGGCCACGGGCGUGAAGCCGUCCUUCCACAAGUCCGAGGUCCAGUGCAGCGUUCCAGGCGUCAUCACGGGCAUCAUGCCCGGCGACUUCGACGGUGACUCCAUCAUGGACGUGUUAGUAACAUCCAAGGACAGCGGCAGCAAGUCCGACGUCGUGGACGUUCGAAUCUUCUGGGGACGCCUUCGAAUGGGCGUGGACUGCGCGAACAGUACGCACGUGAGCGACAUAGGUUGGCAGCCGCUGCUGUUCGACUACAACGGCGACCGCAUCGUCGACCUGCUCUCCGCGCGGACCGAGGAACCCAACAGUAGAACGGUGUGGACGUUCGGUCCGAGCAGGACUCCUGCACUGGUGGCGCUUGGUGUUGGCACAGGGGCGCUCUCCAAGCCACACUCGAAUUCGUUCGUGGACCUGAACGACGACAUGACGGCCGAUCUCAUGCUGACCGCCCACUCCUCCAUGGAGGUCUGGUACUGGGUCGGCAACAGCACCUUCAGAGGUCCCAACAGGCGCGAAUACCCGCCUGACGCCGCGGUCAAGGGUCAAUCCCUGUUCGUUGAUGUUGACGCGGACGGCGACAUGGAGCACGUGAUGCCCGUCUGCCUGGGAAGCGUCGACUGCAAGCGCUCCGCCAUUAUGGUGCUCAACGGUAGCCAGUGGGUCACCUGGUUCGAAUCCUUUCAGGACACCGCCAAUAACACGUGGAAAUUCCACGUCGAUGAGGGCCAGCCGGCCGAUCUGGCGAUGCCAGUAGCCUUACGCUCUGCAGACGUGGACAUGGACGGCUACCCCGACUUCCUGGCCAUAUUGGAAGGCAAGCUGCCUGGUCAGAAGAAGGUAGUCACCCGGGCUACGCUUCUUCUCAACACCCACUGUCCAAGCUGUCCAUAUGGGCGGAACUUGGUCCCAUACUGGAACUAUGGAGCACUCGCCAACUUCGACUCGGCCAAACUGGCUGCCUUCUUCGACAUAGACGAAGACGGGCACAUGGACAUCCUGCUGACCAACGGAACACGUCAGAACGGCUUCCACACGUAUGCGCUUCGCAACCAGUUCAGCGACGACGCAUGCUUCAUCAAGGUUCUGGCUGUGAGUGGCCUCUGCUACACCGACUGCCCACAGGGUCACCUGGCCUAUGGAACGAAUCAGCCGGGUCCUCUGGUUCGGUACCGGAUCAUAACGUCCAGUGGUUAUCCGCAGGAAAGCUGCGCAAGCCAGUUGUACCAGUCGGCACACUAUGCGCUGCAGCUGCCUUACUCGGUGUUCGGCCUCGGCCAGUCGCCAAACUUUGUGGACGUGUUGACUGUAGCCCUGGCCAACAACGAGAGCGUCGAGCACCUGAGCGUGCACCACCAGUGGACACAGAUCAUCCCGAACUCUCAGAUGGUGGUCAUCCCAUAUCCGAUAAACGACCCGCCACGCUGGGUGAACAAGCUUUUCGUCACUCCUGGACGACAGGUGCUGCUGACGUUCAUUGCCCUGGCUGGUACGUGCGUCUUUAUUGUGCUGAUCAUCGGAGCACUGCACUGGCUAGAAAAACGGGAGGACCGUCGGAUGAAGCUCCAAGAGGCUCACCAAUUCCACUUUGAUGCCAUGUAAUGCAACCGCCAUGGUGCUGUCGCAUCAAGUGUUCUUACUGCAAGUGAACCUUUUGUGCUCCAAGUUCAGCAAUAAGACUGCCGUGUAUGUUCACUGUUCCAAACAGCAGCGAAGAAAGACACCUUGUGGUGUACCUUUGAAGACUCUGUUGAGUGAAUGUUGCGGGGUGUUGCCGUGAUUCCUCGAGUGUUGUUCUUCGCUGGGAUAAUUGUUGCGCGCUCUCCAUUUUGAGCCCGUGUUCUUUGUGCUCAUAGAGAGAUAAUAUGGACUGUGUCCUUUCUGGACUAAUUAUGAGGUCUAUUUGUGUCGUUGUGCUCGAGUGAUGGUAAAACUUCUAAGUACUUUAAUGUUUACAUGUGGUCUGUUUUGGCUACUGACUAGUUUUGUGUUAUUGCGCAUGCAGGACUUACAGGCCGAGGUUUCUGGUGCUGCUGUAGCUGCACUGAAUGAAUUGCACCCUGUUAUUAGUCAGAGUAAUAUGUUUCAUGUAUUGUGGCCUUUGAAAUGUACAGCAAUUCUUGGUCUCGUUUUGCAGAGCUGAAACGGAGCGCAAGGUAAAGCAACAUUUCAGCCUUAACUUUACGAGAUUAUUCUUAAUCCAACAUAUGUGCUAAAAACAUGUUGGCAUGCAUGAUGUCCAGAAUGUGUUGAACACUCCAGUCAUCCCAUUGCUAGUGUGCAGAUCACACGUUUGCUUUCUGGUCUCCAAGUGCAAGUUGUUUUGAUGCGAUUGUUAAAUGCAGGCCAUUUCAUGCCUUCAGCGAGUUAUGCAGUGCUUAAGUUCUAGUUUUAGGCAUACUUUUGUAUUUGUUCAGUGUUUGUGUAUUUAUUGCAAUAAAAAAACACUUGUUGUGUUACACCAUUCCUAGCCGACCUUUUCGAUGUCGGAUAAAGUUAUUGAAAAAGCUAAAAUAGCAAUUGGUUUUCUUGCCUUGUUGG